UUAAUCAAAAAAUCAAAAUACCCUAAACCGGCGCAAAAAUCACUUUAUGGAAAACUUGUACUGAUAAAUCGUAUGUGGGUGCAUAAAAAUCUAAAAUAAUUUCGUACGGUUUUAAAAUAUCGCAAAAUUAAAACAACGUGAUGUCCCAUCAAACCGGAAUUCAAGCUAAUGAACAACUAAGAAAGAUUUUCGCAAAAUGCAAAGACGGCAAAUUACGGGUAUUAAAGAUCUCUAUCGAAAACGAGGUGUUGAAACUAUCAGAAGAUAAGAAAGUUAAACAUGGAUGGGAACAAGAUUACGAAAAAAUGAUUGUACCUUUAAUUGAGGAAAAUCAGCCGUGUUAUAUUUUAUUUCGUUUGGAUUCGAAAAACUCGUCUGGUUAUGAAUGGCUUUUGUUGAGUUGGUCUCCCGAUACUGCUCCGAUACGGCAAAAAAUGUUGUAUGCUUCAACAAAAGCUACAUUAAAACAAGAAUUUGGUAGUGCUCAGAUCAAAGAAGAAAUUCAUUGUACUAUUAUGAAUGAAAUAACUUUGGAAGGAUAUAAAUCUUAUAAAAAUUCAACUUUAGCUCCAGCUCCAUUAACAACUCGAGAAGAAGAACUUCAAGAAAUUAAGCGUACAGAAAUUAAUACAGAUAUAUCCGCGGUGUCUAAACAUCAAACUUUAGGGGGUGUACAAUUUCCUAUUGCAGAGAGUGCUCAACAAGCUAUUAAAGAUAUGGCACAAGGUUCCUAUGAUUACUUACAAUUUAGAAUUGAUGUAGAUGAAGAAAAAAUACAUUUAGUGACUGCAGAAAAUUUAAAUAUAGAAAAAUUACCAUCGAAAGUUCCUGAAGGAAAUGCAAGGUAUCAUUUAUUUAAAUUUAAACAUACUCAUGAAGGCGAUUAUAUGGAAAGUAUUGUUUUUAUUUAUUCAAUGCCUGGAUACAGCUGUUCAAUUAAAGAACGAAUGUUAUAUUCUAGCUGUAAGGCAACAUUUACAGAUACAAUAAGCAGUUGGGGAGUGGAAAUUUCCAAAAAGUUGGAAAUUGAUUCAGGUUCCGAAUUAACCGAAAAAUUCAUUUAUGAGGAAAUUCAUCCAACCAAAAAUCUUCAUCGUCCAAAAUUUGCUAAACCAAAAGGCCCCCCUGGUAGAGGUCCCAAACGUAUGACAAAAACUCAAUCGGAAAUUUAAAUAUGCUCAAAAGGAAGUAAAGAAUAUGUAUAACAAUUUACUUUUUGCCAAGUUAUUUUUAUUUUGAAUCAUACAUUUAGAUAACGGUAUCUUAAUCAUAGCUAAUUCAAAAAUCGUGAUUUGGAGGUAUUGCUCAUAAUUAUUUUCUACAUGGUGACUAGUUAUCGUGGAUGUAAAAGUAUUUAUUAUCAUAAUAUUAGAAGAAAAAAUGUAUUGCUAUUUUAAAUUUUUUUUUGUAGUGUUUUGU